CCGGAUUUCAAAUUUUGGCGUUUCUUAUUUUAGGUUAUGUUAAGCUCAAGUGUUUACCGUUUUCCAAAUCGAAAAUUUGAUGACUGGGAAACUAGUUUUCUUUUCAAACACAACUCCAUAUUUAUUUUAAUAUGCCUAGAGUCAAAAAUCUGUUGAAAAGUAUAUCAAUAUUAAACUGACCAUUACAUUAUAGGCCACUAAAGUGAAGAGUGAUAGGAAAAAUUCAAACCAUGUUUUGUAAAUAUAAUUUAAUCAUAAUAUUAGUAGCUGUAGAUUUAAAACUCUCUAAUUCAUUUAGUUUUAAUCCAGUAUGUUGGUUGUCUGAAUGCUGUAAUAAGGAUUAUAUACCAGGAGACAUUGAAAGGCUACGUACAAGCCUGCGAAGUCGAGUAUAUGGCCAACACUUAGUUGAAGAUGCUGUAGACGCCAUAUCAGGGCACUGGAACCCUCACCACAGGGCUGAAAAGGCACUAACUCUCAGUUUUCAUGGCUGGCCUGGUAGUGGGAAAAAUUAUGUGACCAAGUUCAUAGCAGAAAGUUUGUACAAGGAGGGAAUGCACAGUAGUUUUGUGCACAAUUUCAUUGGAAGGGUACAUUUUCCUGAGGAAGAAAAAGUUAAACAGUACAAUGAAAACCUUGGUAUUUGGUUGAAAGGUAACAUCAGCCAGUGCCCUAAACAGCUAUUCAUAUUUGAUGAAGUGGACAAAAUGCCAGCUGAUAUUCUCAAUGCAGUGAAGCCAAUGAUUGACUACAAGAAUAUUGUUGAUGGAGUGGAUUAUACUAAAGCUAUAUUCAUUUUUCUAUCCAAUACUGGUGCAACUAUAAUCAAUGAGCAUUAUCAUAGGUUAUGGCAUGCUGGCAAGAAGAGGGAAGAAUUGAAAUUGAAUGAUUUUGAAAAUUUAAUUUCCAAAGGAGUCUUCAAUGAGAAAGGUGGAUUCCAUCAUUCUGAUACUAUCAGAAGCAAUCUUAUAGAUCACUACAUUCCUUUUUUUCCAAUGCAAGAAUAUCAUGUUAAAGAAUGUAUUAAAGACCAGUUUAGAGAACGUCAUGUCCAUAAUCCAAGAGGGUCACAUAUUCAAGAAGUUAUGGACUUUAUAGAAUGGGGACCUGAUGACUCUAAAUUGUUCUCUAAAACUGGGUGCAAGAGAAUCAGCUCCAAAGUUGCCUUAUUGGUAGCUAAACACUAUCCCCUUGCAUCCAAGCAAGAAUUGUGAAAACUAAUGUAUAUUUGUUUCUAUUGAAUAACCUACAUUAAUGAAAAAUUCAGCUAUGGUAACAACAUUUGGUCACAUUCAUUGAGGAAAGUAGCAGUGAAAUGCAGGUAUUAAGAAAUAAAAAGAGAUUUAUUGUGAAAAAAAUGAAUGUUUUUGUGAUACAAUAGUGAGGUAAAAGAAUCUGGUACAAUAUUUUUUUUUUUUUCUAUUAUUUUAUAUAAUGAUCAUUUCUCAUAUUAUCUGUAUUAAACAAUUGGAUGUAUCUUAUAUAAUUUUGAUUUAUACAUAUACAGUGUGACCCACUUAAGACCGGAGCACCCUCAUAAAAUCUAUAGUUUUUGACUGAUUUCUUUUUUUUUUUUUUUCGUUUCAGCAGAAGGACUAUCCGGAGAUCUACGUUUACACAAAUUUGCAAAAUAAAAUUUCAAUUUACAGGGCAUACUAUAUUAUUUUUUUCAUGUUGAAAAUUGCGAAAUAUCAUAAGCGAUUUUUUUCAAACAAAAUCGACCCCACCACUGAAUUCAGCAUCCUUCAAUUGGCAAAGUUAUAAAAACAUUAAUUUUGAUUGCUCACUAUUUUUUAUGAAUAUUUCAGACAAAUUCUGAGAAGCGGCAACAUUGUCAACAAAAAUGUUUGAAAUCAUCGAGGUUUCUGGUAUACAUUUGAAUUGAUAACACCAAUUAUUAUCGAGUCAUAAUCUCUAGAAUGGUACCCUUUUGGAAUGAAGUAAUGAAGUCGGGAAAAAAAGCUUUUCAUAAUAAGUUAAUUAUCAAUGUAAACCAACAAUUUCUGAAAGCUCUUGAUGUUUUUGGCUUCUGAUAUUAUCUCACUAUACAGACUAUCCGAUUUUCUAACUAUGCUUGGAUGAACAAGGCCGAUUUUUCGACGUUAUGGAUUUUUCAUUUUAUGAAUCUUUCCAUGAAUACCAAGAUAAAUUCCAUUUCAGAUGUUAUAACUGGAUAAUAAUUUGUGUAAUCAAUUCAAAUGUAUACCAGAAACCUUGAUGAUUUCCAACAUUUGUGUUGACAAUGUUGCCGCUUCUCAGAAUUUGUCUGAAAUAUUCAUAAAAAAUGGUAAGCAAUCAAAAUUAAUGCUGUUAUAACUUUGUUGCCAAUUAAUCAUUCCAGAAUUACGUCAUUUGAUAGGUUGCUGAGGGGCAAACAUUGUAUUUUGUCAAGAUCUGUCAUAGAAAACCAGAAUUAGUGGGAUCGUUUUCCUUGGAAUCCGAGUUGGAACCAGAAAGAAUUCCAUAAUUUUGUUUGGUGAAACUGUUAUUAUAUUGUAGAUGUGGCAGAGGGACGGCCUGGGCAGUGCUCAUCAAAGGUAACCUAACAGAUAGUUUGUGUGCCCCUCAAGAAACCAUGUCAAAAUCACGUGUUCUAGAAUGAUCAAUUGAUAUUUUUCAAUGAAAUUUUGCGCUCAACCUAAUUGAACGAUGCUGAAUUCAGUGGUGGGGUCGAUUUUUUUUUGAAAAAAUCGCUAGCAAUUUUCGACAUGAAAAAAAUAACAUAGUAUGCCCUGUAGAUUGAAACCAUAUUAUGCGAAUUUGUGUAAUAGGAUAGUCCUUCUGCUGAAACAAAACAAAAGAAAUUGGUUGAACACUAUAGAUUUUAUAAGGGUGUGCUCUGGUCUUAAGUGGGUCACACUGUAGGUACUUGAACAAUAUUUAAAUGUACAAGUUACUGGCUAACACAUUAUUAUCCUGAAUAUGACUAUUCCUCACUUUUAUCUUCAAUUUUUUGAGUAGUGACAGUAUAGCCCCACUGUUUAAGAAAUCUAGUGGUGAAAUGUCCAUAUAAGCAAUAAACAAAGUACAUUUCCUCAUUUUCAUAUGGAUGCAGUAAGUUAAAACACUUGAUCCUAGACCAGUCACCAAAUUUGGUGGUUCCAACUGUACAUAUUCUAAAGUAUUCCUAGUACUACUGUUAGAGAUUAUUCUUAUAACUGAGGAUGGGUGAUCCACCAAAUCAAAAUUUUGGUAUUUACAUAUUGAAUCUGUUGUGAUGGUGUAUAUGUUUUCUGCAAUAAAUAUCCAAUCUGAAAGUGCUUCUACUAUCUGAAAUGAAGAAAUCAGGGAAAAUGAGUAUAAUAAUGACAAAUCUCCAUAAGCUAAUGAACAAAUUACCUGGCCAGUGUUGAACUGUUUUUCUUCAAAGAAAGUAACAAUAUAUUUAUCAUCUCCAACAUUGAAGAUUUUGAUGCCUCCAUUUUUCAGUUUGCAGACUGGUUUAUUGUCAUGGAUUAUACAACUACUGAAUAUCUUAUUCAGAUUGUCUGUUUCGAGGAAAAUUAGUGUAUCUACUUCCUUUGGAACCUCAGUGUUUCCUUCCCAUUCUUGUGGUACCCUGCAAAUUAAAAUUUAGUUGUCCAGUUGUUGUUGAAGAGUUUUGUAAACAAACUCUACGUAUGGUGGAAAGUCUAUAUCCUCAUUCACCAAAGCUCUAGUUGUUGGUUCAACUAUUUCUCCAAAAAGACAUGAACUCAUCUUUAUGAAAAUAUCUAAAAUGUAAAAUCAAAAAAUCAUUGGAAAAGUGAUGAUGAUUUUGGUUAAGAUUUUCUUCUUCUG